GCGGGCGGGGGAGAGCUCCCGGGGACCGGCCCGGCUCACGCCGGUGUAAAGGCUACCAAGGGGACAGCGCAGGGGGGGAGGAAGGGGGGGAAGGGCUGUAGGAGCGGAAGCGGGGCGCGUGCGGCGGCGCGAGACCAGGGGGCCCCUUCCUCCCUCCCCCUCCUCCCCAAACUACCUCCACCCCAACCCCCCCUGCAGCCUGGCGCGCGCCGAGGGCCCGCACAGCAGCGGGCUCUCCCCCGGGCCAUGUCCGCCUACUGCCUGGGCUUGGCCAGCAGCGUUUCAGCACCCGCCGAGGCGGACAGCGCCUCCUGCAUGGAGCUGCCGGGGCCCGGCGGGGACGCAGUCCGGAGCCCAGCCGCAGCCGCCGCCGCUGCCGCCUUAGUGUCCUUCCCGGGUGGCCCGGGAGAACUGGAACUGGCGCUCGAAGAAGAGCUGGCGCUGCUGGCGGCUGGGGAGCGGCCGCCGGACCCGGGAGAGUUUCCCCAGGCCGAGCCGGGGCUUCUCGACUCCGCCGAGGCCCCGGGCCCCGGGCAGCUGCUGCAGCCAUCCUCGCCCCCGCGGGAACCCGAGCUGCUGUCGGUGAUCCGGCAGAAGGAAAAGGACCUGGUGCUGGCUGCCCGGCUGGGCAAGGCGCUGCUGGAGAGGAACCAGGACAUGAGCCGGCAGUAUGAGCAGAUGCAUAAGGAGCUGACGGACAAGCUGGAGCACCUUGAACAAGAGAAGCACGAGUUAAGAAGACGAUUUGAGAACCGAGAAGGCGAGUGGGAAGGAAGAGUGUCUGAAUUGGAGAGUGAUGUGAGGCAGCUGCAGGUUGAGCUAGAGAAGCAGCAGGUUCACCUCCGAGAAGCUGACAGAGAGAAGACAAGGGCAGUCCAGGAACUCUCUGAACAGAACCAAAGACUCUUGGAUCAGCUCAGCAGGGCAUCAGAAGUGGAGCGUCAGCUCUCCAUGCAAGUCCACGCCCUCCGAGAAGACUUCCGGGAGAAGAAUUCCUCAUCCAACCAACACAUCAUCCGGCUGGAAAGCCUCCAGGCUGAACAGGUACUUGAAAUCAAGAUGCUGUCAGAUCGCAAGCGAGAGCUGGAACAUCGCCUCAGUGCCACCAUGGAGGAGAAUGACCUGCUCCAGGGCACAGUAGAAGAACUUCAGGACCGUGUGCACAUCCUGGAGAGGCAGAGCCAUGACAAGGACCUGCAGCUCCAUCAGAGUCAACUGGAGCUCCAGGACGUCCGGCUCUCCUACCGGCAGCUCCAGGUGAAGGUGGAAGAGCUCAGUGAUGAGCGGAGUCUGCAGAGUUUUAAUGCCACUAGCACAUCACUCCUGUCCGAAAUCGAGCAGAGCAUGGAGGCUGAGGAGCUGGAGCAAGAACGAGAACAGCUGAGGCUGCAGCUUUGGGAAGCCUAUUGUCAGGUCCGCUAUCUCUGCUCCCAUCUCCGGGGGAAUGACAGCGCCGACUCAGCCGUCUCCACAGACUCCUCGAUGGACGAGUCGUCAGAAACGUCGUCAGCCAAGGACGUGCCAGCCGGCAGCUUGCGCACGGCUCUCAGUGAGCUCAAGAGGCUUAUUCAGAGCAUAGUGGAUGGAAUGGAACCCACGAGCUCCCGGAGAAUUGACGAUGAUACCUUAGAAGAGCAAAUAAGACAAACGAAUGAGGACUCAAGAGCGCUAAGGGAACUGAUGGAAGGAGAAAGAGGGAAACUGAGGCAGAGCCUAGAAGAACUACAGCGACUUCAUAGCCAGGUGACAAUGCUGAGCGUGGAGAUGACGGCACUCAAGGAAGAGAGAGAUCGCCUUCGGGUAACAUCUGAGGAGAAGGAAGCCAAGGAACAGCUUCUCAAAGCCAUCAGGGACCGAGAUGAGGCCAUUGCAAAGAAGAACGCAGUAGAAAUGGAAUUGGCCAAGUGCAAGAUGGAUAUGAUGUCCCUGAACAGCCAGCUCCUGGAUGCCAUUCAGCAGAAACUGAACCUCUCACAACAGCUUGAGGCCUGGCAGGAUGACAUGCACAGGGUCAUCGAUCAGCAGCUGAUGGAUAAACACCAGAAGGAAAAGAGCCGGCCUGCUUCUUCCUUCUCCAGUGGCCACAGAACAGGGCGGGGGGAUGAGCCCAGCGGGGCUGAAGGCAAAGGGCUCUUCUCAUUCUUCAGGAAAAUUUAAAUUGGAAGAAAGCAUGGGGAGACAAGAAGAACCUGAGGGAGGGGGCGAGCAGCUGGGCAUGGCCACACAACAUUACUCAGCCCAGAAACCAGGCUUGGCCAGCACUAGGUGGCAGGGGUCCCACUGUCUACUAACUUGCCCAUCCCAUGGAGAGCCAGACUUGUUUUCCCCUCUGUGGGGAAGUCAGCAGCCCGCUGAGCCAGGCAUGCUCUGUGCCAAGCCCCCCAUAUACACACACUAGUGCUGCUGAACCCCAGGGAGGGUAAGAGCCCCAUCUCCCUAAGGAGAGAGAGGAGAAAGCAAUAGCCCUCUGAAGGCCCUUCUGAAAGAGCGAGGUCCAAGUGGUAGGCAGAGCCUGAGUCUUCCUCACGCCUCAGCUUACCCCCAGUUCAGGAAGCCUUCUUGCCUCCACCUUGGCCCACAGGAGUCCCUAAGCCUGGGGUGGCUAUCUCAGAAGGGGAGGGGGCCUCUGUGAUCCUCAGGCAGGGAGUGAGGUGUCAUCUGUGGCUUGGGCUGCUCCCCCAGUUACCCAUCUGUUGCCUAUGGCUGGGUUCCUGCUGCACAGAGCAGAGUCAGACAGAUCUCAGAGCUGCCAUCCCCUACCUGCCUGCAGCUCCCCUCCUACACACACACCCACACCUCACUUUGGGAACCUGGGAAGGGGAGGGUAGGGACCUUCUCUGCAUGCCUCAGGACCACAGUCAGAAGCCCCGACCUGGCUUUCCAUCUCAUCCAGGACCAGAGCCUGAGGCCUGACCCCCUAAACUGCCUCCACAGGGGAUUAGUCCCAAUGUCAGAACCUCCACGGUUGUAGUAAGAAGAAGACCCCUGCCGGCCCACUGCUGUUGAGUGUGUAUCAGCUGGGCCCAAGGGACAGAGAUUGAGAUACACUGAGCAUCUCUCUCUGGCUAGAACCAGCUCAUCCUGCAUCUCAGCAGCCCAGGACUGGGAUGCAGCUUAAACCCCUAGGUCUCCAAGAGAAAGGCAGGCAGGCUUCAGAUCAGAGCUCUCUAUUCUGCCAUCCUGGGGCAGGGGGGACAGAGGGGGCAGUUUUCCUCCUCAGUCCAUGCACACACCUGCACACAUGCACUCAUUGUUUCAAAGCCCGACCUAGGACUCAGCUCAGGCUCACUGUGCUUGUGGCUCCAGGCCCUGGGGGACCACACCGUUCCUCCCUCUUAUCAGCCGCUCCAUCCCUCUCCUGAUAACCUCAGCAGUGGAAGAACACUAGCCCCCAAGGAGAGAAGGAUCUGGUUUAGGGCCAGAAAGCAACUUUCUUGUUCCUAUUUCCUGGGGGCCGCUGGGCCUCCCAUGGCCGUGGGUGCAUCUAGCCCUUUCCUCCACACAAGCUAGGCCCCAGGGCCAGGGCCAGCUCUUAUUCCUUCCCCAGCCACCAAGCAAAAUUCCCUGGGCAGGAACACUCCAGCGUGAGGCCUUCAGCUAGAUACCACCCACUGUGCCCAGCAGGCUGCUGGGGUGGAGGGGGAGGUGGCCACUGGCCACUCCAUCCUAGGGCCUCCACCCCAAGACCCCAAGGGAGUUUGAGGGUAAAGGGGGAUGCUUCUUAGCAACCCUCCCUUCAUCCUCCACCCCAUCUGACCGGCUGCUUCUGCUCCCUCUUCAGCAGCAGCUGUGCCCUCUCUGCUGCGAAGACUCAACCCUGCCUUCAGAGAGAGGUUUCAUAGGGCCAAGGGUCUGCAAGCAGCUAUAGGGUUAGGUCUCCCUAGAGCUUCUAUGCGGUGGGGAAGCAUAGCCGGGACUAGUGGAAAGAACGUAUCUAUAGAUAUGUACAUACCACAGGGCUGGAAUUUUUGUAUGUAGCAAUCAUGUAAAUACAUGUAUGGAUUUUAUAAUAUACAUAUUAUAUAUAAAAAUCUAUAAAGGCAUAUUUUUAGAAAAAAAAAUGAUCCACAGCUUUUGUAAAUAGU